GCCAUCAUUCAAAAGGUAAAAAUGGAUUUCUUCAGAGGAUUGAGAGAGCUACGGGGUAACCAGGGUAGGGAAGAAGAAGAGGGAGUGAUUGCCGCGGAACCCAUCGCGAUGAUAGUACCACCAGAGUUGCAGGAUUUGCCGGAGACCAUAACGUCAGAGAUCAGCGCUAGUUCAAGCGCCGGAGAUAAUGGCGACGGCCACCGCGGUUCACCGUCCAGCAGCUCGUCCUCUGGGAAUCAUGAGGCAGAGCCGGAGAAUGUAGGUGGUAUCGAACAGGGUCUGCCCGUGGCUGGGGAAUGGGAGGAUAGGGUACUCCCCGGCAGACUGAGUAACAUACGCAAAGCUCCCAAGGACCUACCAGCCGGGUUUAAAUUUGGGGCGGCGCUUCAUCACGAAGUAGCGGACAGCGCGCCCUCAAUAAGUGGGUACAAAAGGCUGGAGGAGAUGAUACGGGAGUACCACAUCCCCAGGACUAUAUUGGUGCGAACUGGCGGGCAGAAUGAGAGGGCUUGCUCGGUGUUGCAGACGGGUUGGAUACCCGUAUAUGCAGAUCAUUUAGACGCCGGCCUGCGAUUUCCACUGCCCGGGCUGGUGUUCGACCUGCUCGCCGACUACGAGCUGGCUCUGACGCAGCUGACGCCCAACAGCAUAAGGUUCAUCGUGGGCCUUAUGCUGUUGUGUGCGAGACUGGAGGUACCGGCCAAAGCGAUAGUGUUCAAGUUGCUGUUCCAGUGCCGGCUGUGUCCAAACUCAAGAGGGGCAAAAUGGUACUACCUCUCUGGGAGGGAUAAGAGCCAGCUCUUCAAGAACGUGAGGAAUAAAGUGGCGCGGUGGAAAAGGCAGUUCAUUUUCGUUCGCGACACGCGGACAGAGAGGGUAAGCAAUGACCUCGUUGCCCGGCUGUCAGAAUGGCGCACACCAAAUGCACAUGUGAAUUAUCCCCAGCUGCUGCCACGGGACACGGAUCUCAAGAACCGGCUGCUAGAGCAUGCGAGACGUGAAAACUUAGUAGAUCUCGAGGCCCUGGUUACCCCGAAGCUGCUCAUCGUGUUCAGGUUUGUCGACGCGGCAAAUAUGUUCACCGAAGGAGACAUGAGCAGCAUACUAGAACGUCAGCGUCAACGUGCCCAGAGCUCCCGAGGUCGUGGGGCGAGCAGCGCGCAACCUCAGCAAACACGGUUUGACGAGCGGCCACCCCCAGCGCCACUAUCACGCGGCUCGUCACACAGGGGGUCCAGCUCGUCAUCCAGGCCACAAACGGAUCACAGAGCUGAGGCUGCGGCCCCAGGCUCGCGCAGACGUGCCCGCGAGGAGACAGAUAGCGAGGAGGAUGAGGUCCCCCUUGCUAGGCGCAGAACAAGCGGGGGGACCCAGCCCGCACAGGUGGCACGUCCCACAACGGUGCGUUCACCCGCUGCACCGCAAGCGACUGCGCGGGCAGCAGCAGAGCCCGCCCCUGCCUUAGCUUCAACAUCGGGCCCCAGGAUCGCUUAUCCUGAGGGCUUCAGCUAUGUGCGGGCAGAGUGUCAACCCGCCAUGGUGCAGGCCAUGCACAGCUUUGUGCCCCCCGCGGAUAAUAAGCGGGCCAAAACAUUUAUGCAGCAGCAUGGCGGCCAGGUCGCCAUGGUUAAACUUAUGGACCUGGCCGCAGAGAAGGCCAGCCUUGUGGAUGAUGUCAAUCGUCUGCAAGGCUCGGAAAUGGCCAACUGCGCAACCGCAGCAGAGAGCCAGGCGGAAACCUUGAUGGCCCGGAACAACGAGCUCAGGGAGGACUUGGAGCGAGCUCGAGCGGAAAAGGAGAGCGGCAUCCAGGCAGCCAAGGAUGAGGUCGCUCGCAUUGAGGAGCGAGCAAAAAGGGUUGAGGUGGAAAGGGACCAGACUCAGAACGAGCUGAACUCCCUUAGGCGUCAGGUCGCCGAGGCCGAGCGGAACCUCACUGCUACUGAGGAGGCGCUGAACGAGCUGAAGACUAACCACGCACGCUCAGACGCAGUGGCGGUGGCGUCUGCUAACCUGACCACGGAAAUCUACAAUGAGAUUCAUGGAAAGGUGCUGCACCACCGCCCAGAUUUUCCAAUCCGCGAGCUGGCAUUCUUUGACGAGGAGGAGCUUGACAAGCAGGGUAAGAACCUUGCUCCCCUCGCUGAGGCUACAGUGCGGCUGAGGUGGGACCUCAAUGAAGAGGGGGUACCCGUCUGGCCUCCUUCAGUUUUGCAAGAGGGGGAGGACCCAGCGAGUAUGUCCUCGUUUGAUGGAUGGGUCGAGGGGGUUUCUGUUGCUGAGCAGGAGCCGUCGAGUACUCCUCCCAACUUUCAGCCCGCCAUAGCGCUGCCCGCCGAGACACCAGCUGCUCGCUCGCCUCCGCCAGCGGCUGAUGCGUCCAUGCCUGUCGACCUGACGGACGAUUAGGCUUAGGAGUUUUUGUUUCGUUCUUUUGUAUUUUUGUUUUGGCAUUUUUGUAUUUAAUCAAUAGAUUUAGAUCGUAUGUACUUCUAAUGUAACAUCGUUGAUGAAAUACAAAAGGUUAAAUGCUUAAUUUGGUCCCUUAACUUUAAGAAAUGAACAUUUUUGGU